AGUCAAAACUUUCUGUCUCAACCUUUGAUGUGCUAAAGUCCAGAUAUGAUUACCACUCACCAUUACUAGAACUAUCUGAAUUGGGUUAUAGCAAACUAAUAAAGGUAGAUUAUUUAAAUCAGAAGGAGGAACAAGAAUUUCUCUAUAUUGACAGUCCUCAACUUGGAUUAAUGGCAAACAAACAUUUAUAG